CUUCAAAGUAUAGUGAAAUUGACUCUCUCCUACCCAUGGACUAGCUAACACACAUUGUGUUAGUGAACCACAUAAAUCCGUGUAUCUUAUUCGUUUAUUGCUUUCAUUUUCUUGUCCUAUCGAUCCUCCAAUUUCCCGAUCUAACAACUUAUUGAUAGGUGAAUUAUAUCAUUAUAACCUCAGAUAUCCAACAAUUCCAAAUAAAACUUCAAACAAAGAGGACCAAAAAUGGAAAGGAUUACUAUCUACUAUUAGGGAUUAAGGGGCGGUCCUUAUUAUCAAUGACAAAAUCCAAGAAACACAGGAACAAGAUAUUAUUAUUGAAAAUCAGGGGAAUGAUCUAGUCACUAAUACUAUUGUGGGUUCAACCUUCUGUGAAAGGAGCAGGUGAGAACCUUCUAACCUUGGGAUCGAAGUUUAACGGACAAUUUAGUGUCCAAACUGCUUACGCCAUCGCCACGAGUCAGGAGGAGGAAGUCUUAGCGGUGCUUCUUUGGAGCCAGGUUGCAAUCUUUGAUUCUUGCUAAUCUACUGCGGUAGCACAUAGGCCUCUUGACUUUGGCCUCAUGUGCUAGUCCUUUUGGAAGACCAGGAACGAUCGUGUGUUUGCAGGCAAGAUUGUAACUUCUGAAGCCUUUGUACAACGCGUUUAGCGUUGGAUAGUUGUCAUGAGGAAUAUCAUGAACGAAUGUGGAGAUCUUAUGGAAGUUGCCAUCUCCCAAGUGGGUCACCCUCAACAUGGAUAGCUCCGUUCAUACCAAUACAGGUGAUGUUGCAGCUAGCAGCCUUGUACGAGAUCACCUAUGACUCUUGUCUUUUGAAGUUCACUUUUAACCCGGGAAGAUGCUCUAUAAAUGAGUGUGACUGGAACUAGACUCCGCUUGUGCUUGCUAGCUGCUUUGGAGCUCUAGUUCCAGCGAGCAAGUAACCAUAAAAUCAAUUCAAAUUAAGGGUAGUCCAUAAUUAGAGUAAUUGUUAAAUUUUGAAAAUAGUUGGGGAUAAGGAAUAAUAUUUUUACUAUUACAUGGUGUUUAAAAUAGAACAACAUAUGAGUUGCAACCUAAUGGAGAAUAUGUUUAAUAAUAGUAAUGCUCUAUGUUUGAAUAACACAGACUAUCACUUAUGUUUUUUUUUUUAAUUUAUACGCAAACUACUACCGAGUAUAGGAUAAUCAUAUUUUCAAACUUUAGGGAUGUCCCGGAUUAACAAUUAUAUUCUCUUAUCUAUACAAUACUACUAACGGGGGUUGACUGACUUUUUUUUUUUUUAAUUUUAAGAGUAUCCCCGAACACCGCUAAAGCCACAUGUAUCCUCCCGUAAACGAACCAAUCCACAUUAAGAUUUUUUGGUUGAAGAUCAUACGCUAUUAUUUUUUUAUUUGAUUUGCGAAUUGCCUCUUUUCACGAUUUUCCUCAUUAUCAUUGGAAUUCUAAAUUAAACGUUAUGUUACCUUGACGAAUUUAGGUUAAGGCGUUGUGCAUGUUCAAUUGUCCACGCUCGAGUGAGUCUCGCCCAGCCAAUUCUUUCAAAAUGAAAGGUACGAGCCGGCGCACUUCGCACCCUUCUACGCGGCGUAGGUGUCAAUUUAUUUUCCCCCAUUUGCCUUCGAAAUUAGGUGGCAAAAGAAUUGCUCGCAGUGCGAACCGGUCAGCUCCUUCCUCCCGGAAAAUUCUUCUCCGUGUACGCACGCAAAGAACUUGAUCCCGUUGUCGAGCCUACGCUCGUCCGUUGGUGUAUCCAGGUCCGGUCGAACUCCGAAGAACGUCUUUGGAUAUCUGCGAUUCGAUUCUCGAGUCGGUGGUUUUGUGAUUCUCUCUCGAUGUUGAUUCGAUCGGAGAAGGAUUAUAGGCUCUCGCCUCUGAUUCUGACCUAUUCGAUUCUCCUCCUCGGCUGCUUUCCCGGCUUGACGCUCUCGGCCGACGUCACGCUGGAUUCCAUGGAAAUUUACAAUACUCACGAGUGGCUAAAGAGUUCGAACCCGACGGUGUAUUUCCGCUGCAAAGGGGAGGACGAAAUUGAAUUGCCUGACGUCAAAGAAGUCAAUGUCACGUACAGGUUCAAUGGCGAUGAAUCUUGGCAGCCAUUGACAGAGCUUACGUCCAAGAAAUGCAAGCGUUGUGGGUUCUAUGUAAAACACAUCAUUAAAUCCGACGAUGUGUUUGAAGAAUGGGAGUUGUGUCCUUCAGACUUUUUUGAUUCGGAUGGCAAGUAUCGGCGUGUCAAGGAGCAAGAGUUUGAUGCGGCCUUUUUGUGCAAACAGUGCGUGCCUCUGGCAACUGAUUCAAAUGGAGACUCUAGUAGCUCAUCUCACAAGGGGAAAGGAAUGCGUGUUGCUGUGAUUAUACUGAUCAGCGCUCUAGUUUCCACCGUUUUGAUUCUGGGGUCAGUUGUAGCAUACAAGCACUGGCUGAAGAAGAAGAGGCAACAAGAACAAGCUCGGUUUCUAAAACUUUUCGAAGAUGGUGAUGAUAUUGAGGACGAUUUGGAUCUGGAUACAAUGUAGAUGAAUACUCAGUAGGCUUCUUACUUUGAUGU